GGUUAGCUCUCCCAAAGCACUGGCGCAUGCAACCGCCCGAUCUUCCACCAUCCCACGCGUCGCGUCUGUCGUUCCAAUCCCAUACGGAAGCCCUCGAUCCUCGCGGGAUCGAGGUAGCCAGCCUCUUUCGCUCCAAUGCCGCCCGUACCGCCUCAGCCUCUCCCGCGGGUAAUCACCUACUACCAAACACACCACACGCCCGACGGCAAGCCCAUCUCGAUCCUCCCCCUCCUUACCCAAGGAGGGAUCAGCGUCACCCACGUGAUUCUCGCGGCGAUACACAUUAACGAUGAUCCCCAUGGCCUCACGUUGAACGACCAUACCCCCGAUAACCCGCGAUUCCUAACACUAUGGGCUGAGCUACGGGUGCUGCAGGCCAGCGGUGUCAAGGUACUUGGUAUGCUCGGCGGCGCUGCCAAGGGCUCCUACGAGAGGCUGGAUGGGGACGAGGAGAAGUUUGAAAAAUACUACAUACCCUUGCGCGACAUGCUUCGCUCACGAGGGCUGGAUGGCAUCGACCUCGACGUCGAAGAGGAGAUGAGCCUAGGCGGUGUUAUACGGCUCAUUGACCGUGUGCGACAAGACUUUGGCAAGGACUUCAUCAUUUCUAUGGCGCCCGUGGCCGCGGCGCUGCUGAACUCCGAGAACAACCUGAGUGGCUUCGACUACGAGGCUCUGGAGGUCAUGCGAGGGAAGGAGAUUGCCUGGUACAAUGCUCAGUUCUACUGCGGAUGGGGCGACGUCAGCAACCCGAUCAUGUACGAGAUGAUCCUAGCAAAGGGCUGGGCACCGGAGAAGGUCGUCAUGGGUCUAGUCACAAAUCCCGAGAACGGCGGCGGAUGGGUUCCGUGGGAGAUGCUCGGCGCUGUGCUUCUGACGCUCCGAAAUCGUUAUGCGCGGUUCGGAGGAGUCAUGGGAUGGGAGUACUUCAACAGCUUGCCAUCUGGCCGAGAGAAGCCCUGGGAAUGGGCAAAGUGGAUGACAAUGAUGUUGCGAGCAGACCAUACACAUCACUCACUGGGACCAGUCCAAGGCUCUGCCCCUGUGGAUUCUACCCAGCCUGUCGCGCAGGAAGUCAAGAAGCACUUGGUGGAUGAAGUUGAUCCGGACGGCCCCAACAGCAAAGACGCACCACUGCCCACCGCCUUUGAGUACUAUUCGGAUGGCAACAUGGAUGAUGAUUGAGAUAUUUCGAGUGUUUCUGGAAGCCAACUGCAUCUCUCCGCAACCAGAGUUGUCUUCCAGAAGAGAGGGGAUGCACAUGACGAGACCAAAGAUUAGUGACGCUCAGCUACGACCGCACAAACCGAUGAUAGAAUAGAAACGUCGACGUCCAAGUGAGAUAGAGGAGGCGUUACGAGAACAGCAUUGCUUUUGUUCAUGGCCAUACCCACACUGUUCAAGAAUGAUCGUCUUUAUCCAAGAGAUGCUCGGACAUCGGGAUAAUUCUGCCGGGGUACAUGAAGGCCAUGCAGGUCUCCUUCCGGGUAAAUAAGCUCUGAUCUGGCUUGGCAAUCUGCAACCUUUGGGUUCGAGUAGAAAAUGAUUCGUCCGCUUGCACAACUGCACAGGAUCAUUCCAAGACCACGCGAUGCUCUCUUACCUCGUC